GUAUGACCCUCUCUCUCUCUGGGCCAAGCAAUUGUUUCUGAUAGUUUUCCAGAACGAAUUAAACUAAUUUUUCAAGUGAUUAUAAUUUUACUUUAUUGUGAAAUUCAACAACCGAUAAAAGUGAUAAGAGGAUGUUGAUACCUUUGGGUAUCGUUAGAGCAAGCCCAUAGAUUGCAAAAAGUUGCUCAAAGACGUGAAAAUAGCCAUUUUUUCACCCCACUUCCAUCAAAAAUUCACAUACAUUUCUUUGGACCAGAUGAUAGACUAGCGCGUGUGUGAGUGGGAGAGGGAGAGAGAGGGUGUGCAAGAGUUUGACUGUGUGUGCGUGUGUGAAGGUGAGGGUGAACGGAAGGGUGAAGAAGCAACGCGAGGCGGUGACGGAGAGUAGAGAAACACACGAAGCAGAAACUCAAUUUGCCCGAGCUCCGUUCCGAAUUGAAUUUCCAGUUCCAGGAGAACUUUAAAAAAUAGAAAAUCACACAAACAACAAAAAAACAGAAGAAACAAAAAUUAUUUUGUUGUUGAAAUGGCUGAGCCGUAUCUGAUUGAGGAGCCAGCACCAACGGCUGCGGUAUCGGAACCGACAUCAUUUGGCCAUGUAUCUCCCUCUAUAAUGGAGGCAGUCGAUGAGGCAGCAAGAGCUGCAUCAGCUGCUGAAAUCGAAGCUAACGGAACAGAUGGAUCUGGCGGUGGACCAGGUGGAGGUGGAGCCGGGGGAGGAGGUACUCUAACCCUGCCAGCGGCAGCUAUGAAAUUCGCCGAUCUCACCGAAAGCGGCAGCGAAAGUGGCGAUGGUGAGCCGGAUGCAGAGCCAGGAACAUCGGCUGCGGCCCGUUCCUCGCCACCACCAAAUUGCGCCAUCUGUUUAUCACGAUGUCGACGCAAAUGCUUUACGGACUCAUGUAUGCAUCAGUUCUGUUUUAAGUGUCUCUGCGAGUGGAGCAAGGUUAAGCCCGAGUGUCCACUAUGCAAGCAGCCCUUCAAAACUAUCAUUCACAACGUCCGUACCCUGGAUGACUAUGACAGGUAUCCGGUGCAGAGUUCCACACCGCCCGUUGCCGAGCACUCAUCACUACGCUUUCACAUUGUCAAUAUACGGCGGCCAAGAUUCAUGCCGUUGCUCCAGAAUCAGUCUGUAAUGACCAACGAUGUGGAUGGUGGCGCUGGUAUAAUUGGAGCCGGAGAUGGGGACGAUGCUGAUGGAAUGCGUGUGAAUCCAUCCUUAAAUCGCUUCGAGCCUUAUCGCAUGGAGCUAAUGAAUUUCUAUCGUAACGACCAGGAUGCCCUCGCCACGAGCAGUUCCUUGAGUCAGCUCUGGCGUCGUUAUGUCUACGAUCGAAAACUAUAUGCCCUGCCUGUUAGAGAUAAUCUCACCGGGCAGUUUCGUGAGUGGACCGCCCGUUUCUACAGAAACAAUCCUGCUCAAAUGCAUCGACUAAUGCCCUGGAUUCAUCGUGACCUUGUCUGCCUCCUAAGAAAUGUGUCACAUACGCCGUCACAUGUUAGUGCCGUGAUGCAUGUCUUGCAUCAGCUUCUGACAAUGAAUAACAUCCUGGGAGCCUUAUUCCGUAUACGUUUGACUCCGUAUUUGGGUGAGCGUACAGCUCACUUCAUUCACGAGCUCUUCAACUUUGCCCGAUCGCCAUUCGAUAUGAUUGGCUAUGAUCGUGUCGUCCAGUAUUCGGCUCGUGUGGCUGAAGAGGUUGAAAUUGAUCUACUGGAUAUGGGCUCACCGGAAUCAUCGAAUGAAAGUGAUGUUCAUCUGGAUUUGGUGGGCGAUGGAGAAGUGGCUGGCUUACCAAAUAUUGCUGAAACCGAUACCAGUGAUUAUGGGACAGGGAAUUCACAUAAUAGAACAACUCCUGCCCGGCCCUCGACCAGUGUGAUUGUAACCAAUCCUAGUGCUACACAUUCCUUCAGCGUUACCAUGGCCAGUGAUGGCAGUGAAUUACCAGGCAUUUCCAUAAGAAGAACAACCACGUCAACGGUUGGCUCCCAAACAGUUGCAAUCAAUUUAAGCAUGCGCCGUCCAACGGCAACGACUGCCACAUCCAACGACAAUGACGACGAGGAAGUCAUAGAGAUCGAUGAUGGUGAUGCGGCAGCCAAUGCCGAGGUGGCCGCCAUUAAUGAUGGCAGCAGUAGUCGUCGUCAUGCCGGUGCCAGUUUACCAGUGAGUGCCCACAUUGAGUUACAGAGCAGCGAUAGCAGCAACAGCUCCUCUUCCACAUCGGAUGAUGAUGAAUGCGUCUUUGUCUUGGAGCGCAAACCUCCGCAUUUGCGUACCCCUGAAUUGGUUAGUCUGGAUUCCAAUUCGGAUUCGGAUGUGGUUUUUGUCGAUGAGCAAAAGGCGGCCAAUAGCAGUGGAGCGGCAAAUGCUACCAAUCCCUCUGCCACCACCAACUCAGUGAAUGUUGAUGACUUGGAGGAAGAGGCUGCCCAUGCGGCCAGUGAACUCUUUAUGGGCCCUAGCACCAGUUCGGGUGUUUGCUCCGGCACAGGCAAGAAUUGGAGGAAGGUGCUAGAGAUGGCGCGGCGGGAGGAUGAGUUGCGUGGCAAAGCACGCCGCAAGCGUGCAUCCCGACGGAACCCCAAUGUAACCAGCAGCAGCAGUAGCAGUGACAGUGUCAGCAGUAGCUCCUCAAGCAACUACAGCUCGACGAGCAGUGAAGACGAUAGUGAGUCGGAUAAAGAGGCUGCCCGUAGAAAACAACGCAUGGAGCGAAAACGUAAUGCACGCAAGCGAGCAGCCAAAGAGAAGAUCAGCAAUACGCCAAGAAAACGCAGUAAACGGCAAGGGCCGCCACAAACGGAAGAACAGGAACAGGAAGAAGAGGAGCAGCCUCUAAUGGAUCAGAAGGAGAACACCAGUUCGAGCAGUAGCUCGAGUAGUGAUAACAGUGAUAGCACUGAAGGGAGUGGCAAGAAGAACACAAAUAUCAACAACACCAGCACCUGCGAUGAUGACGACGACGAUGUUGACGAUAAUAGCAGUGAGAAUCUACAACUUAGUGCUCUCCGGGCAACCCUUAAAGCGGAGGCCGCUUUGGAGGAUCGUAAGCCGCUGAAAUUGGAGCUACCUGCAAAGUAUCUUCAGUCAGCGGGUGAACAACCAGUGGUAGAACAAGGAGAUGAGAAUACGCAACCCGAUUUGGCGACAUUGCAGUCCAAACGUCGACGUCGUAGUGGCAGUAGCAGCAAUCUGUCCAAUCAUAGCGCUAGUUUAGCCAGCAAUACAACUACAGCCACAUCCUCGACAGCCACUGGUUCUGCUCCAAGUCCAUUUAAAUGGUUGGUGGCUAGCGAAGUUAGUGAUCCUCUGAUGCGUGGACUUGCCACCCCCACUGAGGUGCGGGAUAUUGCAAACUCUCUAAUUGAAUUAUCCACUUUAACGCAUCAGAGAAGUGAGCCGAGUCUCUUCAAUGAUCGUUCCGAUGGCGGUGAGGUAGACGAUGCAAUAAAUUUUCUCGGCAACACACUGCCAAGCAGCAAUACGAACACUUUAGAAGAGGAGGCACAUUUGGGUAUUUAUUCAGAUGCAGAAACAAGCCAGCAAUUUCCACUUGAUGUGACCAUUGAUGUUGUGGGUGAGAGUGAUGUCCAUGCCGAUGUUGAGGCUGAAGCGGAUGGUGAGGUUGAGGCUGAGGAUGAUGGUGAGGCUGAGGAAGCUGACACAGAUGACGAAGACGAUGAGGAGGAAGAAGAACUGGAACUGGCUGGUAAUGAAAGUAAUGAGGCAGAUGAUGAGGCUAUCAUGUCUUUGACGUCUCUUACCUAAGUUUUCAAGUUUUUAAUUUUCUAUCUAUACAAUUAAUUAUUUUAUUUUCCACUUUGCAAUCAAUUGUAUGGACCAUUCAAAUUAAUUUCGUCACAAUAGCUUUAUAAGAUCAAAAUACCCUUCUUCAAAAGGAUAAUGAUCUAAUGUUUAUAACGCACAUAAUUUUGCCCUCCCUCCGGUCGCUCUAUUUCGGAUUCCUUAACUGAGUGUCUUAGGAUUGCAGAGACUCCAAAAGUCAAUGAAUUGUAAGAGUAUGGAAACGUCAUAAGUUAACUUCCGGGUUUUUUUUUUCAGAAUCAGUUGAUUGAUUGAAAAACUAUAAAUUCACUUUGAUCCAAUGUGGCGUCAUCUGGCCAAAAAUCUCAUAUUUCCUUAGUCUUAACUAUUUAUCGACGAUAAGUUAAUAGUGGAAAAUCCCAAAUCUCUUGUGAGAUUUUUCAAAUUGUCGGCAAAAGCGUUAUAAAUAUUUUUAAAGUUUAAGUUAAGUUUAUUAUUAUUAUUAUUAUUUUUUUUGUGCAACCGUUAUGUAAGAUUAUAAAUCGUAAGUAAAUGAAAAAUUUUUUUAAAUUCUUAUAAUUAUAUUUUGUUGAUAAGUUUAAUUUUACACCCGAUCGAUCAAUGUAAACUUUAUUUGAUACAAAUCACAAAAUGAUUGGCCAAAAAAUGAAAAUGAAAAAAAAUUAAGAAAUCAAUUUAGAUUGAAUUAAGAUCUAGGAUUGCCAUUUUAAGUUGUAUAUAUAUAUAUCUAACACUGAAAAACAAAACCAAUACCAACUAAAUAUUUAAUACAUACAUACCUAUAGAUAAUAAUACAUACAUACCUAUAGAUAAUAAUAAAUGUCCCCGCAUGAACUCAUCCGACCCCUUCCCUCCCUUUAUUAUACAUAUAUUUGCAUGGAAUUAGCCAAAUUCUAAAUACAUGUGAUUCCUUCAAAGAUCAAGACGACCCCCAAUUCCUCCCAUUAUCAUAAUCAUUGUAAAUGUAUUUAAAAUUAAGUUAAUAUAACUACAUAAAAUUAUAUAUCACAAUAUAUACAUGGAAUAUAUUAAAGUUUAUAGUUUAAACAAAGAAAAAAAAA